AUGACGGACAAAAAACCUAGACUUCGUGAUCCUGUGAAGGAGCAACAGAUGUGGAAGGUCUACAUACAGUCUGAAGAUGACGGCGCCAAAAUUUGGAAGCAUAAUUGGGGCUGGAUACUAGAUGAAUACAAAUGUCUGAAAAAGACGCUCGACGAAAAAACCGAACAAUCGACAUUUUUAGCUGCCGUGAAAGAGGAAGUCAAAGAGGAUAACAGAAAACUUAGCAAGAUACCGGAAUCCAUCAACCAUUUCUAUGGAUGGGUUGCUAAAGAGGAAGAUUUCAAGUUGGAGAAAUAUGGGCCUGAUUACUUCAAAGCUCUACAGUUGCCGGACAUAUUCAAACUGAUUAAAUAA